UAGAAUGCUAAUCAAACAGUCAUUUUGUUCUGAGCAGGAGUGUUCCAAAUAGCCAUCGUAAUAUAAAAUAAAAACCUGUGUUCAUCUUUCUUUCUCCAUCUCUCCAAAUGUGUGGACUACAGAGUUACUGAUGGUGUUUUUUCUUCCUCAUCUUGAAAGAACUAGCGUGAGGAGUAACCCUCGAGGAGAUGCACCUGCAGACUCUCUGAAGGGGAACACGACUUAGUUAAUUACCCUGGAGUGAUGGAUAAAGGCUGAUGGGUGAGCUCUGACACAUUCCUUUAAUGGAGAGCGAGGCCCAAAGCAGCUUCGUCCUGGAUUCCAAUAGGCGAAUAGCAUGGCAAGAGGACUGUUAUGUCGAUCUUCAGUCUGAUGCCAGCAGCCCACACACAAAGAUGAAAACCGAAGUUAUUUGGAUACAAAAGUACCGCAAGCAGCUAGUGCAGUCCAUCUCUGGCCCCUUCCUGGAGAGUAUUGUGAGCCACAUGCGGAAAAAAGAGCUGCUGAGCCUGGAUGAGACUUUGGCGAUCCAGGCUAUGGUGCAUCUACCGGAGAAGGUGCUUGCUGUCAUUGACACCCUGGCCAACAAGGGCCCACAGGCCUCUGAAUCACUCCAGACCUUCAUUGAGAACACCAAUGGGAAGCUGUACCAACUCAUCACUCUUCAGGACCUGAUUGUACAGAAGCACACAGAGGUCUUGCAGUCUCGCUACGGAGGCUUGAUGCCCAGAGGAACAUCCCUAGACAGCUUCGCUAACCUGCUGCUGGUGGAGGGACUCUCGGACUUGCAGCAGAAGGAGCAUGAUGCCUUGCAAAUUGAGGCUACAAAAGGCAUGGGGAGGCAUCACGCCAGACAGCUGGCACUGGACAAACUACUGCAGCCUCUCACCCGUGUCAGCAUACCUCCACGCAUCCUUCUCACAGUUGGAGUUGCUGGCAUUGGCAAGAGUACCUUGGUACGACACUUUGUCCAGCUCUGGUCCAAAGGGGAGAUCUGUCAGGAGGUGAGCUUCAUCUUCCCUUUUGCCUUCUGGGAGCUCAACAACUUUGAGAAGCUGUCAGCAGAGCGGCUAGUGAAGCAGGCCUAUCCCUAUGUGACUAAUCUCAGCCAUGUCAUCAAUGGGUCCUCUCGGGUCCUACUGAUCUUCGACGGGCUGGACGAGUUCAAAUGCCCUCUGGACUUCUCAGAUGCUAUGACUUGCACAGACCCCAAAAAGGAGGUUCCAGUUGACAACCUGAUUACUAAUAUUGUGCGUGGGAACCUACUCCCUGAUGCAUCCAUCUGGAUUACUUCUAGACCCACUGUAGCUGCCCAGAUACCUGGAGGUCUGGUCGACAGGAUGACUGAGAUACCAGGAUUUGGAUACAAAGAAAUAGAUGCUUUUUUGUGUAGUAUGUUUCAGGAUGAAGACCUUGUGAGCCAGAUAUGGUCCCACUUAAAAUCCAACAAGAUUUUCCUUGUGAUGUCUUAUGUGCCUUGUAUUUGCUCAAUUCUGGCUUCCACCAUUGGGUUCAUCAUAAAGAAUGGCUCACAAGACUUCUUACCCAGAACUUGGACAGAGCUCUACUCUUACUUUUUUAAAAUGAUAGUGGAGGGAGAUUUAAAGGAACCCCUGAAGAUAGAGCAGGCCUAUGGAAGCAGCCGGAAGAUGAUAGGUAGUCUAGGGCGGCUGGCAUUCUAUGGGCUGAUCAAACGGAAGUAUAGCUUCCAUGAACAGGACAUGAAAGCCAAUGGCAUUGACCUGCCCUCCCUCCAGAGCAGCUUCAGCAGCUAUAUCCUUCUCAGGGAGGAGUCUGCAGCAAGCACAGUCUACCGCUUCAUCCACCUGAGCAUCCAGGAGUUCCUAGCUGCGACUUACUACUACACUGCCUCCAAACGGGCCAUCUUUGACCUCUUCACAGAGAGUGGCAUGUCAUGGCCUAAGAUUGGAUUCCAGAACCACUUCAAGAAUGCCCUGCAGAGGUCACAGAACUCAGAAGACGGACAGCUUGACAUGUUUGUGCGCUUUCUGUCUGGUUUGCUCUCACCGCUGGUGGUCAGGCCUCUUUCCGGGCUACUGCCAUUGGCUCGAGAUGAAAACAGUGGUUUCAGGGUCCCUGCUGCAUCUUUCAUGCAGGGUGUCUUAAACUCAGGAUCCACUGUCUCCUUGCGAGCUGUCAACAUGGUGCACUGUCUGCAGGAGCUGCAGCACACGGAGCUAACACGGACCUUGGAGGAGGGCCUACGUAAUAACAACUUGGCUGGAAAGCUGACACCAAUCAACUGUUCGGUACUGGCUUACCUGCUACAGGUGUCUGAGGAGUGCGCCGAGGAGACUAACCUCUGCAACUGCCUCAACUAUGGCAUCGUCAAGAGUCUUUUGCCACAGCUCCUCUAUUGCACCAGUAUCAGACUGGAAAAUAAUAAUUUCAAAGAUGAUGUCAUGGAGUUAUUGGGCAGCUUACUGAGUGCCAAGGAUUGUCACCUCCAGAAAAUAAGCUUGGCGGAGAAUGCUAUCAGUAACAAAGGAGCCAAGGCCAUCAGCAGGUCUUUGAUGGUCAACAGGAGUCUGACCUCACUCGAUUUUCGCAGCAACAACAUUGGCCCCAAAGGAGCGAAAGCUCUAGCAGAUGCCCUCAAGAGAAACCAAGUCCUGGUGUCUCUCAGCCUCCAGAAUAACUUCAUUGAGGAGGAGGGAGCCAAAUACAUUGCAGAAGUAUUGGUGUCGAAUCGCAAGCUAGUCACCUUGAAUUUACAGAAGAACUCCAUCAGCACAGAGGGAGCCCAGAGAAUCGCUGAGGCCCUGAAGAAGAACCAGACUCUGAAGGAACUGAUUUUGUCCAGUAACCAGUUGGGGGACAAGGGUGUGGCAGCACUGGCCCAGGCUCUGACAGUCAAUCACAGCCUCGUCGCCCUUCACCUUCAAAGUAACUCCAUCAGCAACAAGGGGGUGACUGUGCUGACCAAGUCCCUGCGGCUGAACCGGGGACUCAUGCAUCUUAACCUUCGUGAGAACUCCAUUGGAGUGGAAGGAGCUAAGGACAUCGCCAAAGCCCUGCAGGAGAACAACACUCUGAGAAAUUUGGAUCUCACAGCAAACCUGUUGCAUGAUGAAGGGGCAAAGGCCAUAGCUGGUGCAGUGAAGGUCAACCAAGCGCUCACUUCCUUGCACCUCCAGUGGAAUUUCAUCAAGUCCAAAGCUGCCAAGGCCCUGGGCAAGGCUCUGCAGUCUAACAGCACCCUGCAGCAGCUGGAUCUCCAGGAAAAUGCCAUUGGGGAUGAGGGGAUGAUCGCUCUAGCAGAAGCCCUGAGGAGAAACACAGCUCUCACUACAUUGUUCCUCCAGGGUGUGUCUGUCGGCCAGAGUGGUGCCAUUGCACUGGCAGAAGCUCUUGUGUCCAACCAAACCCUGCAUACUCUUGAUCUCCGUGGGAAUUCAAUUGGAAUGGAAGGAGCGAAAGCCAUGUCCAAUGCACUGAAGACAAACAAAAGUCUGCGAGUUUUAAAUUUGCAGGAGAACUCCUUAGGAAUGGAUGGAGCCAUUUUUAUUGCCACGGCCCUCACAGGAAACCAUAAACUCACUUAUAUCAACCUCCAAGGAAACCGCAUUGGAGAAUCGGGUGCAAAGGUCAUCUCUGAUGCCAUCAAAACAAAUUCUCCCAACUGCGUGGUGAAGAUCUAAGCAAGCACACGACUGUUCAUGGACAAACAGCAGUCAAUAUUGGCUCACUUCUGAUGAAAUCAGGGAUUAAGCACAAGAAACAUCAGCCUUCACCAGCGUGUUAUGCUGAUUCUCCCACUGCAAACUGACUCGCAAGGGGACAUUACGUUAUCAUGUUUGCAUGGACAUAAGAACACCACCUCAGUGACUGUUGGACUGCCUCAUUCAGCCUGCCAGUGGCAAGAAAAUUUGUUUGCUCUCUUCUUCAUGGAUGAAAUAUAUCGCUUACUGCCUUUUAAUAAUUUCCAACUCGGUAGAGGGACUAUUAUCAGCCAUGGAAACACGGAAUAAUACCAGCCCAAGGGAAGUUCUUUGUUUAAUUUGUAUCAUUACUUUUAUUUAUUUAUGAAUACGCUUAAUGAAGGAUAACCAUUUUUAAACUCCAGCCACCCACUGUCCUUGUAUUUCCUUCUCUCGUUUGCUAAAAUUCUUUAACAGAACUUUUACAUUUAAUAUGUGGCCUAAAGAAAAGUUGAUACAUGAAUUAACUUAUUGUUUUGUAUGCCUAUUUAAUAUCAGUACUUCCUAGUGUAGGUCCAUGUGAACUGUUCAUUGCUAAUACAAAGGCAAACAUGGAGCCAAUGAAAGCAUAGAUAUUAUAGAAGUCUUAUAGAAGAAAACUUUUCAUGAAAAAUGUUAUCGCUUAUAUAUAUAUAUACAUAUAUAUAUAUAUAUACUGCCAAGAAUUGUCUGAUUAUUUUGUCAUUCGAUUAUGUUCAAAACAAUAAACAAUAUCUGAGUGACAUUACAAUAA